AUGGAGCAGGCCACGCCCAGUCGAAGCGGCGGGCGCAAGCGCAGCGCCAGCCGCAACAGCGAGGACGAGGAGCGCAAGGCGCAGGACCCACCGCAAGAAGAACAAGAAAAAGAAGAAGAGAAGCAGGAGGAGAAGAAGGAAGAGACGAAGACCCCACAGCAGUGGAGCUGCCCGACCUGCACGUUCCUCAACGAGGCGUCGCGCUGCUUCUGCGAGAUGUGCGAGACGCCGAACCCGUCGCCUCCCGCGUCCAGCGCGCGCGCGCUCACGGGCGCCUCGGAGUGGAGCUGCGCCGCCUGCACCAUGGUGAACCCGGCGGCCAUGCGCGUGUGCGGCGUCUGCGGCACGCUGAACCCGCGGCCGCCGCUGGCGUCGGGUCUGUCCAUCGCGCGGCUGUCGGAGGCGCUGGGCGGCGACUCGCUGUCUUCUGGUUCAAGCGACGACAGCGACGACAGCGACGAUGAAGAAGAUGAUGAAGAUGGAGACACGUGGAUCUGCAGGAGCUGCGACUCGCUCGCGGCUGGACGCGCGUGCUCGAACUGCUUCGCCCAACGGCCGAAGAUCGCGCGGAAGACGGGGAAAGCUGCGGAGGAGGAGAAGAAGAAGAACAAAGAGGAGAGGAAGCAGGCGCUGAUGAAGAAGCGCAAGCGCCGGAAGCGAGAGAAGAAGCUGCAGGAGCGAGCGAGGAUGGCCUACGGUGUCUCGAUCUACGAGCUCAAGAAGCUGGUGCUGGAACCAACUAGCAGUCGGCUCGUGGAUACGCUGCAGACUUUGACGCACACGCUGGCGAUGAUGGACGCGUCGGCGGACAAUGAGUGGGCCGAUGGUCCAUCGUUUCUGAUGCGCGGGUUUGGCGCUGGACCGUCGUCGGAAACCGCGAAAGACCCAGAAUUAUUGACAGUGCUGGUGGAUAUUUUUCGCGCUCAGGAGCGGACGUACCCGGUGGAGGUUCGGCUUCUGGCGGUGCAGUCUAUGAAUUAUCUGAUGAAGAUGGACCGGCACAUGUUCGCGCGGUCGAAGAUGGUGGAGGUUGUGGGGCUGUAUAUUACGGAUCUUCUCGCUUGGAAGAAGAGUGACACAAGUAGCGUGAGCUCUGGAGACGCAAAGAGUGCGCGGAUGGUUGUGGAGGAGUGUCUGAGCGGUUUGUCGAGCAUGUGCAGCACCGAAGCGUUCGCCCUUCGAGAGCUACUAGCGGACGGGAAUUUUGUCGGAUACUUGGAUUUCCUGACGAGUCUAGUGGAUGGAGACGAAGAAAAAGAUGGCGGAUUCCAUCCGAGUAUUUUGAUGACGGCUCUCGGUGUCUUGCAGAAGGGCUGCUUCAAAUUGCGAUGGAGUGGAAAGCCGAGCCACAAACGCCGCAAUGCGAACGGCCAAAAGCCGACAGUUUCGUGGGCUGCGUCCCCAAAGAAAGCGGUUCAGCAGGGAGAACUCACGUUGGAGCUUGCCAUCAAGUUGGUUACCUUUUUGCGUCAUGUACUUCAACACAACCACAUUCCCUUGCACGUCAAGGCAGCAAAAUGUUUGCUCUUGGUAUUUCAUCGGACUCCUCAUGAUCGCCCUGAGGUGAUGGAGAAGUUGGUUACACCGGACGUGCUACGCAAGUUUGUUGCUGUUGUGGUUAACGCGAACAGCGACGAGUCGGAAGAAUCUCGUCUUGCGAUGGUGUCCCUGCUGCUCCAUUUGUUUGACAGCCGAUCACAGCUCGUCAGUAUGUUCGUCCAUGAGAAGAUAUACUCGGAUCUGUUUAGUGGCAUGCUGCUGCUGCUUCAGUCAUCGUCGACAGCCCUCCGGACCAAUGUUUUGAAACUUACAGCCACACUGACUCGAGUAGUCUGCAGAAAGCAUUCUUUGACCAGCUCUCAUCGCAACUCAAUGGAUGGGUCCAGCGGAAAAGGAUCUGCGUCGUGCUCCCCUCGGAGCCGCCGCAAUCGCCAUCGGUUGAACUCAUUACCGGACCCCGAUGUGCUGUCAACACUACUGCUAGACUUCAUUCGAGCAGAUUCCAUGCCUGCGGUUAAUGUUCUUUUGAAGGAUGGCGCGGACUUGAAUUUCCCGAAGAUUUUCGACGUUCAAGGAAACGAGAUUGACAAGCCGCUCAAUCUCGCGGUGGAGUGUUCGUCGCUUGCGAUGGUGCGGCUUCUACUGAAGCGAGGCGCUGACAUCCACCAGGUAGGAAUCGGUGGCACCGCCCUUCACGUCGCUGCCAGAACAGGACGGUGUGACGUUGCUGCGUUCUUGCUGCAAUGUGGAGCACGCGUGCAAGCAAAGGAUCGAGAAAAGAAGACUGUAAUGGAUGUAGUCAACUCGCUAGACUCCACACGAAGUGGGGACGGCGCAUCGGGACCUGUCCCAUCCCCGAUGAAGAAGCUGCUCGAGCUUCAUCAGCGAGCUCCCGGCAUGCGAGCUUAUGAUGACAGCGACUUGUCGGAGAGCGAUGACAUUUCCGGUGGUAGGAGUCGGGCGUGGUUUUAUCCGUCAGAUCACGAAGAUGAAUAUGGAGAUGAGGAUGACGAAAUGGAUGACGAUGAGCUGGAAGGUGAGGACAAUUACUACAUGGAUUAUAACGAUGAUGAUGAUGUGGACCCUCGUGAUGAGGACAUGGGUGACGAAGGAAUGUCUAGCGAUGAAGAUAUGAUCUACAACGACGAUGAAAUGUCAAGCGAAGCUUCGAGGCGACGUCGCCAUAACUCAACCGAUUCAGAGGUAAAGUUGGAGGAUGAGCAAGUUGCUAAUGGCGACGGCGGUGCGAUCGUGACCAGAAAUGAGCGUGCAUCGAGUGGAAGCGACAAGGAUUGUUCGAAUGAUGCUACUGUGCUUGAGCAAAAAGGGUUCGCUGCUUCUCCCGACGAGGUCUACGAUUUUAGUUUAGCCAUUACUCGAUGUCUUCUGGCUGUCUUGCACGAUAUGGACAUCCAGAACGUGGAGCGCGCGGUUAUCUCUACUGUGGCGUGCGUGCUGGAAAUGGCCCCAUCUCGACUUAUUCAACUGAUUCUGGUGGAUUUGGUGGAUUUGUUUGAGCAGCCGAACUCCAUCACAACGUAUGAGUUUAAGCAAUCGGAGCUACUGCCGGCAAUUCUCCAGUACCUUUUGCCCCAGGGGGAGCUUGAUGAAGCUCGAGCUUUGGCGCUGAUGCGGGCUUUGGAGCGCUAUCCUACUGCACUGAAGCAUAUGGUUUUUCGACUGCAAAGUAUCAUUACCCAAGAGGAAACUUUCCCGCUGGUUUCCUUCAACACCGGAAAGGGAAGAGAACUCUACCCCCUGACUCGACAGCUAAAGGUCGCAUUUAUGAGGCCUGGUGACAGAAAUGCUGGUGGCAGAUCUUAUGGAGGCACUGCUGGUCGUCCGAAGGGCAAAUCGAUCCAUACUUCACCGUUGACGCACUUCCAGUCUUUUGAGAGAACGAUCGCCCGGUGCAUGCCAGUGAUCGACUCGGAUUUGUCUCUGCUGUACCUCAAUUUAGUGGGGCAUUCAAUCCAGAAAGCGGUUGAAGGAAAAUGGCGGAAGUUCUUGGUUGUGGGGUAUGACGAUACACGGUCUCACCACCUCGUCAAACCGAUUGGUGGAUCUAACGACGAUCUGACUGAAAUGGUUCUUCAUGACUCUCAGUGCAAGUUGAUUGGCAAUGUCGACGUGUACGAGCGCAUUUCGUUGGAUCUAGCACUUUUCGGGUCACCUGAUACCGUCGACAAUGGUGGGCAUUCGUCAGACAGCAAAAAGAAGCGCAAGCCCAAUAAGCGGAAACGCAAAUCGUCGGGCUCGUCGGGUCAGCAACGUCAGCAUCACGAUACCGAAGGUGCCUGCCACGUUGAAGUAAGAAAUUCCGGAGUGCUCAAAAUGCCAAAACUUCGGGGCGCUUGGUAUGCGGCAGUGCUGGUCAAUGACUCGGGAGAAGUCCGUAAGCUGGCUGACGAAAAGUAUAACACAUGCAAAGAAGUGCUUGCGGCGCAGACCACGCACUCUGUGAAACUACUGGCGGACAACCGUAUCAUCCGCAAGGUACCAUCCGAUUGCCUUCGUCCUCGAACUCUGCAACCCCAAGUUGGCAGCGUGGUUGAAGUGGAUGGCGCUCUGGGAGAAGUCACGCGCGUGUACAGUAACGACGGCUCAUCUAACGGCACGGCUAGCCCCGCAAACAGGUUAUUGGACGUUAAAGUCAGUUCCGAUAUCGAGAAAAGUCGUGUGAAGAAGGAGCGCGUUCAUUUCCCGCCACCGCAGAGCUCUACUCCCAAAUCUGGAGGUGAGAGUGGUGGAAUCGAGGCGAUGAGUAUUCGUCGGUUAUUCCCAGCUCGCGAUAGUUCCUUGAUGGCAGGCAGCGUGGGUGAUCGCGUGUGGGUGCUGCCGCCAUCUGAAUCUUCGAUCAAGGACCUGUGCGUAGCCGGCAAAAUCAAGAGCUUCCCUUCAGGAUUGGAGUCGAUCCGUGAGUCCAGUACUGUUCUUGUGGAAAUCUCGUUUGGAUCAGCGCAACCAUCUCUGACUGUGAAGGUCAAUCAAGAUAGAGUGUUGAACUUUGCAAACGAUGGGGGCGCCUUGUCUGGCCGUGGUCCUUCGCGCUUGUUGGCGGCGCUGCAGAUGGCGUCAGGGCGCGGUGGAGCGAGCAGACUGUUUUCUGAUGGACGUGGUGGUCAAGACAGCAGUACUUCCGCUAUUCAUCGUGCUUUUGAAAGGGUAGCUGGAACAUUGCAGCAAAAUCGACUUGGAGGCAGACAUGGUUCUUCCUCGGCGAUGGAUCAACUUCGCAAUUUGAUAUCUCGCCAUUCGACGCUGAGUGGUUCGAGUGCACCAAACGAUGUUGAUACUUCAUCAGAGCAAGCUCCAAGAGCUGCUCAAGAGUCCGGAUCCAACUCGUCGCCCAGCGAGCCGAUUAGCAGUGAAGUUCAAACCGAGGAAGAAACGUCAGCAUCUGCACCCAAUAGCACUGAUGCGACUGGACAGCAGAAGUCGCCAAACCCCAGUGAAGCCCCAGCCGUACUGGCGUAUUUAAAGCCAGAAGGCGCCAAGCCUAAACUGACUUGUACGCAAUUGCCGAAAGUUAGCCUGGUGGUUGGCUUUCGCAAGUGUGAUGCUAGUACUGGAGCGCAGGACCGGAUUAUCGUUUCGUCUGAGUUUGGGUUGCAGCGUCUUGACAAAUCCAAGAUGAGCAAAGACGUGGCCACAACUUCACUCCUUAUUCAGUUAAAUCCAUAUACCCAGCAGUACGAGGCCACAGCUGGCGCCCAAAAGGCGCUGCUUGAUGUCUUCAACACGUUCAGUGGAAACUCUGGGUCAGGAUCGACACAGAAAAAGAAGCGGAGAAAGCUUUCGCCCGUAGCUCAACGGAAUACUGUAGUGGAGGGAGCUCCGUGGGAUAUUGAGAAGUUUAUCGUGUUUAUGGUGACAUUGCGUGGUCCAGACAAGUACGGCCACCCCGGAUCCAACGCCAAGUAUUGCGUUAUGUUCUCAAAGUUUGCAGACCCUGAUACGAAGCGGUGCUUGCUGAAGGCAGAUGGUUUUGUUUCUCUCAUGGUGCACGAAUGCAAGGAUGGCGCAAAGUCGAAGCAACUGUUGAAGUUUCUGCGAUCUCGUGGUUACUCGGAAAAAUCGUUGACCGCUAGUGUGUCUCGCGGCAGCAGUGGCGACGAUGAAGAGAAGGAUUCACCCAGCAGCAGCGAUAGCGCUGGAGCCAAGGCUGCCAGGAAACCCGGCAACAAAAUGCUUCGGCAGCCUGUGGUGCUUCGUGGAUUCCCUGGAGACCAUAAUGUUCUGAAAUGCGUCGAGGAUCUACGUCAAGAGUAUUGUGCUCGAACCGGAGGUAACCCGUCAUCCGGGAGCCUAAUUUCUUCUGUGGAUGCAACUUUGCCGCCCUGGAAGCUUACGUACAAACUCUACUGCGACUUCCAAGUGGAGUGGGAGACUCAAUCGCCUUCCAACUCAAACACGAUGAGCUCUGAUGUGCAGUUACCGGAGCCUUUGGCAGCUCUGGAGUCCAAGCCUCCGAUCCGCCUACUGUCACAUGGAAUGGUGUGUCUUGAUGAUAUGAACGCGAUCGGAGCUACAGAUGCGUCGCGCUGGCUUAGCCGAAUCACUGCAUCACAGACGAGUUCGCGUGACGGACUCGCUGUACCUGACUCGGUGGCAAGUGCGGUGCGCUUGCUCCACUAUUUAUUCGAAUUUCGCGCGGAUCCUACGGCGCUUGAUGAGGCAUUGUGGACGAGCCCGCGAUUGUAUAAUAAGCUGGAGACACAGAUGCAAGAUGUGCUCUCCAUAUGUAGUGGUAUUUAUCCGUCCUGGUGCGAUGCGCUGGUUACCCAUUGUAAGUUUUUCUUCCCGCGCGAGUUGCGGGAAAAGCUGUUCCGGUCCACGUCAUUCGGCUGCACACGCUCGCUGCACUGGUUCCGCAACCAGCUGAACAUCGAGGAGAGCUCCGGCGAUUCAACCUCUUCAAUGGUGGGAGGCGGGAUUUACAACCAGGAGAUCUCUAUAUCACCGAUCCCGAAAGAGCGCGUCAAAGUACAUCGCGAAAACAUACUGCAGUCCGCCGAGGCUGUGAUGAAGAUGCACGCAAAGCGCAAAGCUAUCCUGGAUGUGGUGUUUGUGGGCGAAAAGGGCUACGGUUCAGGAGUGACAGCGGCAUUCUACUCAACAACUGCGCACGCGCUUCAAUCGGUUGUGGAGAAUCAUAAGAAUCGAUACUGGAUCCCCGGUGAAGACGACGAAGCUGAGGCUGCGAAAGCAGCAGCUCGGCGGAGCGAUGGAGUUGAUGCUGUUGACGAUAUUGCGGACGAUGUAGCUGUGAUUCGCCAUUCCAAUGGCUUGUUCCCGUUCCCUCAUCGCACUCCAAGCCCAAAACUUGUGGAGCGCUUUCGCAUGAUGGGGAGACUAGCGGGCAAAGCGCUGAUGGAUGAGCGGUUGCUCCCGUUGCCGUUGUCGCCCCAGUUUAUGAAGCUUGUGGUUGGCGAAAGUUUUGGGUUGGAAGAGCUGAGCGACAUCUUCCUAAGCCACGGGCGUAUUCUACAUUCAAUGUGCAAGGCCUCGAAAAGACUCGCAGCAGGGGAACAGGACGUCCAAAUUGAUCAGAUGAACGUGGAAGAGUGGCUGGAUGCUGUGGGCUUCACGUUUAUCGACCCGCUAUCACAGGAGCCGUUGGUUGCUGGUGGUGAAGAUAUCGCUGUGACUGCAAGCAACCUGACGUUGUACGUACGUGCCGUUUUGGAAUUGUGGCUGGACUCAGGCAUCCGUGCCCAGGUGCUGGCGUUCCGCGAUGGAAUUGGUGAGGUGCUUCCGUUAGGAAAGCUUCGCUUGCUGUUUGUUCCGGAGCUGCUGUCCUUGCUCUGCGGCGAGAAGGACAUCGACUGGACUGUAGCAUCGCUGCUGAAGGACACGAAGCUCGCUCACGGAUACACAAAGGACAGUCAGCCAGUGCAGUAUUUCUUCGAAGUGCUGGAGGAGAUGCCAAGCGCAGAACGACGAGCCUUCCUGCUGUAUGCGACUGGCUGCCCGAACCUCCCGCCUGGUGGCUUCCAGGCGCUCAAGCCACCGUUCGAGGUUGUCCGCCGAGUGGUCGACAAUGUCGAGGUGGAUCGCGCACUGCCGUUUGCGCGUACUUGCACGAACACGCUGCAUUUACCGGCUUACUCCAGCAAGGCCGUGCUCGCGAAGCAGCUGGCCUUCGCUGUUGCCAAUAGCCGAGGUGUUAUCGACCGCGACUAA